CACAGACACACUGAGUGGAUGAGGAGAAACAGUGAGGGGACGUGAACGCGCCGUUAACUUUGUCUGUGUCCAUGUGAAGAACGGCUGGACUUUUGCUUUCCACUUUACUGCAAAACUGGUGCAUGUGUGUGUACGUGUGUGUGAGUACCUGUGUGUGAAAGCGGCGGGCCGUCGUUGUGGCGGAGGCAGUGGAAGUAAAUGAAAGCGUUGUUUGGAGCCGCUGAACAAAGAGCUUUUCUUCGCUCUGCCAUUGUUACCGAGCAACAGCGCCUGUUCUCUCACUCACCCAAAGCUGGUUUCACACUGUAAAAAAGUGAGGGGUGGCCUGUGCUCUAGUCAUGACCUCUGGGAAUGGGAACACUACCAGCAGCCAACAAAAUGGAGAGAGCAAACCAGCCCAGGCCUUAGUCAGGUCCGACAUCCUCACCCAUCUUAUAGAAGGCUUUGUUAUCCAGGAGGGUGCCGACCCUUUUCCUGUAGAACGUCCAUCUUUCUCAAUUGACAGCCUAUGGCGACUCACAGCAGACUCAAAGAUGAACGGCCUCUCACCAAAUGAGUUGAAGAACCAGCAGGAGCCCAUGCUGACCUGUGAGCUGUGCGGCAGAGUGGACUUUGCCUCCAUCUUCAAAAGGUCAAAGAGGUUCUGCUCGACAGUGUGUGCCAAACGCUACAAUGUGGGCUGCACAAAGAGAAUGGGUCUCUUCCCAAACCGUAAAAGCACCCUGGAGAACAUGAAGAAACAAAGAGUCAUGAAUGGAAACCACAGAAACUCCAAUUUAGACACGAAAAAGAAGAAGCCUGCUGCUCCUGCUCCUGCUGCUCUGUCCACCGGUCACUCUGUCCACCCAGCACAGGGCGAGUCCAGCCAAUGUUCCGAUUUACCAAGCUUCGUAAACACUCUGACAACCCAGCGAUUGCCUUCGGUGCCGGACUUGGAGCUUCCCCUGCUGCCUCACACCUUCCUGCCCAGCGAUCCUGGUCAGUGGAACAUCACGGACGUCUACGAGUUCAUCUCCUCUCUGUCAGGUUGUCUGGAGAUCGCCGAGGAGUUCCGCUCUCAGGAGAUCGACGGACAGGCGCUGCUGCUGCUGAAGGAGGAUCAUCUCAUGGGAACCAUGAACAUCAAACUGGGCCCUGCACUCAAGGUCUUUGCCCAUAUCAGCAUGCUCAAAGACUCAUAGCCCAUCACACACACACAGCUCACAAAGGCAGCUCUGGACAAAUGUGAACUGACUGAGAAGAGGUACUGGGCCACAGGUGUUUGAUAUUUGAUGUUUUUCUUUGACGUCAGUGGGGACUUUUUGACUCACUGUUUACACUGAUAACUUUUUUGUUUUUUUAAAUAAAGUAUUACUGCACCAUGGCUUCAUGCAGGAGGCAUUUACAGUCAGCACAGGAGAUUUUCAGCCCGUAUUUUCUAACUCUAACAAUUCAGUCGCUGGAUUGUUGAGUUAAAAUGAAAGUUCAAACUCACAUGUUGGAUUAUUUUACCUCCUAAAAUGG